UGAACGCGGUAGCCGCACACGGCAUGGGCUCAAUUUAACGACACGCCUCGUGUCGUGUGCUGUCACUGUUCGUAUUCCGUCGUCAAACCCCGUGUUUACGUUCUAAUUUUUCUGUUCGCGAGAAGGGGGUGUCAUUUUUCGCUGAUGCACCACAAGAACGGGUACCGGGCGCUGCUCGCAAGAGUGUGCAGCAGAGUGGACAGAGCUUAACAAUAAGUGUUGGUUGUUUCAGUAUAGUUUAUCUGGUCGGGUAGUGUUCGAAGUGAUUUGCUGCAUACCAUCGAGAACUGUGCGUAGAAGUGAGCUACAGAUGUCGAUGGAGACGCAUGAUGGAUGCCAGGUGAACCAUGUGCUGUGAUAGUGUGCGACUGUUUAGAUAGGCAUCCGCCCGUGCAUUGCGUUUCGCGCUUGACAGCGUGAGCAAAUACACAGCCAGUACAAAACGAAAACAGCUGGCCUUAUCUCCAUGAAACAAGAGUGGGUUAUUUAUCUUCUGAUUGUACCGCGACGCUGAACCAUUGCAUAUCACCACCGGACGCAGCUCUAUCUUUAGCGAAGUAGCAUCAUCCUUUUGUGGCAGUUCUGCUUAACACGGUGUUCAAUGAUACGCUUCUAGCAGUUCCAACCAGUCCGUGAUCGCUUUCAGAAUGGCUCCGACUGAAAACGGAACGGAUGGAAUCGAAAAAACGAUCGGCAUACCCGAAAUACUCAACGGUGGCGAUGACGAGGAACGGAAGGAAGAUCACCACGAUCUAGAAGCACAACCACUUUCGGUUGAAGUGACGAGAGAAAAAUUGACAGCUAGCAACGAACCGAACAAACCAUUGGCGAGCGUUGGCUGGAAGGAUGCAUAUCAGCAGGUACUUGCUACAUGCUUGGUGAAUUUGAUCGUCGUCCAAGCGGGCAUCAACAUGACGUACUCGGCCAUCCUUCUGCCGCAACUUUCCGAACCGGACAGUCCCAUCCUGAUUGGGCGCAAUGAAGCGUCCUGGAUAGCGUCGGUGGUGACGAUCGCCUUACCGCUCGGAUCGCUCGUCGUUGGCCAGCUGAUGGAUCAGUUUGGGCGGAAAAAGAUAUCGCUCGCGACCUGUGUUCCGUUUACGCUCGGUUGGAUUUUAAUUGCCAGCGCUUCGAACGUCAGUAUGAUCUAUGUGGCGCGCAUCAUCUUGGGAACGUCCGGUGGACUUACCACCGUCGCACUGGUUUACGUGAGCGAAAUUUCCCACGUAUCCUUGCGCCCGAUGCUGCUGUGUGCGAACAGUGUGUUUGUUUCGUUCGGCAUACUGCUUACCUGCGUUUUAGCGGUAUUCUUUGACUGGCGUGCGAUAGCUUACAUUUUUGCGGGGUUUUCUGUUGUAACGUUUCUGCUGAUUCUGUUAAUACCCGAAUCUCCACAUUGGCUAGUGACAUUCACCAAGAAGGACCCCACCAAAGCCCGGAGCGUUCUUUACUGGCUGUACCGUAACAAGAAACUGGCAGAGGAACAGUUUCAACAAAUUGUGUCAAAUACCACACCGACACGCCAGUCGCACGCGGCGAUCGGAAAAGGAAAGAGUGCCAUAAACUCACUGUCGCUAAAGGUGUUUCUACAGCCCCGCGUUUACCGACCAAUGACCAUCCUGCUGCUGGUGUUCCUGUUCCAGCAGCUGUCCGGUGCGUAUGUGCUCAUCUUCUACGCACUGAAUGUGUUCCAGGAGAUCAACGAUGCGACGCUGGACGGCGAACAGCAAGGAGCCACGUUCAAUCAGUACACCGCACUGGUAGUGUUGGGCCUGAUACGUUUCAUUAUGUCCAUCAUAACGUCAGGCUGCUCGAGAAAGUAUGGCCGCCGUCCGUUGCUUUGCAUCUCGGGACUGGCCAUGGGUGUGUGCAUGAUAGUUGGCGGACUGUACCUGGAUUUAUUGCACACUCGGUUAGGUAAUGCAGUGCUCGGCAGUUACAUCUUGCUGGCAUGCGUGCUCGGGUACGUGUGCUUCAGCGCUCUCGGUUAUCUGGUGCUGCCCUGGACGAUGAUUGGUGAACUGCUGCCGACAGAUGUUAAAGGAAAGCUUGGCGGCUUAACCGUCUCCGUAGCGUACGUGCUAAUGUUCGGUGUGGUCAAGAUCUUUCCUUAUCUGCUGGAGCAGGUUUCAAUACGCGGCAUAUUUUAUCUGUACGCCGGCACGUGUUUUGCUGGAGUGGCGUACAUCUACUGUUACGUGCCGGAAACGUUUGGCAAGAGCUUUGCCGAGAUUGAGCGCCACUUUACCGACAAACACCACCGGCGAAGAGAGGUACCACCGGCCACACUUAGACAAUAGUAUAAUAAGGUCUGACUUUUAGUGAUACGCUCACGUGUGUGCGUUAUUUGUGCGCGUUGAUUUAUGUCAAGAACUUUUUUUUUGUCAUUUACAUUUCAAUUACACAUGUAUUGACGCAAUGGUGCAACAUGUACAACCAAACACAGCGAUAACUGUGUGAUAAUAGAGUAAGCUAACGUCGCGGGUAAGCAGAUGUAGGUGUAGAUGGCACAAAGAUUUUUAGUCUUCCAACUAGCUUAGCCAAUAUAUACCAUACACAACAAAAAAAAAAAACAUACGUACCUUAAGCCAAAGCCAAAAGUGAGUGGAAAUGAAAGGACAAGAUUUUAAAAUUAAAGACAUGAAAUAAGGGGCAGUUAUAGCGAAGGUAGAGGGCGAAUCGUCUAUUAUACGAACAGAAAACCUAGGAGAACCAAAAAAGAUGAAACAAGCAAACUCGCGUUUUUAUCUCCAUAUACACAAUGAGACCAUUGAAAAGAUUCGUACAACUAUUCGUAUUACGGUUUUAUAUCGCGUCUUUUGAUGUGGUGGCUUAAACCGCUGAUGGUUGUAUUUAUUUAGCAUGCCGCGUGCUGCUAUCUUAUCGGCAAACGGCACGCCAUAAGCAGCGGAACAGCUAGAUCAAACAAAUUGUUGCAAAAAUGUAGCCGAGAACGAGAUAACCGUUUUACUGUGUGGAAUGGCUCUAUAUAGAAUACUAUUUGCCGGGUUUGCGACUCCACCCAUCGACGAAAGGACCACAGCGCUGGAGGUGUGUAUUUUGUUGUUGUUGAAAAGAAAAUAAAACAGCUAGAAACAACCACAGCGUAGCGUGCAGGAGACGAACAACUGUGCCGAUGGUUGAGAUAAUUUGUGUAGUAGCCGUUCGCCAUAGAAGCUACAUAAAUAUCAAUAAUGACAAGCGCAAAGAUGGAAGCGUUUGGUGACGGUUCAGCGCACCAUUUCAUUAUCGUUGUUAGCCGUGCCUAGCGCCCCGUGAGACGAGCCGGUAAUGUUGAUGGAUGAAGUAUAACCGAGCACCGAGCGAAAGAGGCCACCGUUGCAGAGAUAAAACUAUGCAGUAUAACCCUCCCCAUCGGCAGAAAAGUUGAUCAAUCGCGCUUUGCAUUAUCAAAUGACGUCGCGCCGUUGUGGAACGUUUGCAUACUUUAUGUGCAAUCCGUCUGUUGCAGCAGCAGCAGAGCUAACACGAUUGCAGCGCUGCUCGUCCAGAUGGGUAGCAAUAUGCGGGAAGUGGCGGAUGAUUCGCUGCUCUUGUGCUCCAAUUGCAAAUACGGUACCUUGCGCACGCUGCACUCGCUGAAAGCGAAAUAAUUCACGUUGAUUUCAUUUUCCCGCCGGAUCCCGUUCUCCGGGGAGUUUUGGCAGAUUUAGCACGAACGAAAACUUUUUUCUGUUUUUUUUUUCCGCUGUUAGUUUACCUUUUCUGUUUUGGUGUUGUUUCGUUUUUUUUCGUUUGCUGGAUAUCAAUUUGUCGCCUAUUGGAAGAAAUUCCGAUUCGUUGAACAAUGGAAGCACGACGAUAGAAUAAUUGAUUAGAUUGAUAGUUUGAAGGUAUUUUAAUUGAAGGUUGCAGGUUUUGCGUUUUUUGGAAGUUUAGCUUAGUAAAGAUUCAUUAUGGAUUUAGUACGAUGCGUUGUUUUUAUUUACCUGCAAGCCUAGCGAGACGAUAUUGUAUUUUUUUUUUAAUUGCUUUGUAAUUUACCUACAACAGAAUGACAAUACUUAAGGAAAUAAGUAAAGAAAAUAUAGCCCGUUGGGUAUGGUAACUGAAGAAACUACUUAUUAAAUUUGUUUAAAUGUAUUGCAUGUUUAAUAAACCCCUCUCUCUCUCUCUC